CACGCUUUGAUGUGACACAGCAAUACGGUCGUUAUAAACACCAUGGUUCCGUUGUACAAUUCACAUCAACUUAUAGUGAUAUCGGAAUAAUGGAUCUCGCCGUAAACGGAUCUCUUUCUUCUUUCUUCGUUUUGUCGAAGCAGGAAAUUGACCCCAUUUUCCUUUUUUCUUUUUUCCCUUUAUUAUCGAAUCCGAAGUUCAACGACCUAUCACUAUGGGAGCCAAAUUUUCCACCAGCAGUAAAAAACGUCAAGCACGACAAAGCAGUAGCCAACGUCAAAACCAGUUCCAGACCAAUUCAGGAUCGUCCGACGGCAGCGUUAUGCGGUUUGGACGAAAGUUUCAUGAUGUCUCCAGUUCAGCGUACUGGUUCCCCAAUGACGAUGAAGAGAUCGAUCGACUGGUUGGCCAACAUUUUGCUUUGAAAACAUUAUUUAGAGGCAAUGUAGUUGAGAAAUGCCGUGAAUCAGUGCCACUAGAACAAGGCGCUUUGGUCCUUGAUGUUGGAUGCGGUCCAGGGACAUGGUUAAUGGAUAUGGCCACAGAGUACCCAUGCAGCAAUUUCAUUGGCGUGGAUAUGUGCGACAUCUUUCCAACGAAUAUCCGACCUUCCAAUGUGAGCUUCCAAGUAGCCAAUGUACUCGAACGGUUACCAUUUCCCGACAAUACAUUUGAUUUCGUCAAUAUGCGGUUAUUUAUCAUUGCUCUGCGAAAGGAACAAUGGCCAACGGUCAUUAAAGAGCUAUAUCGUGUAUUAAAACCCGGUGGAUAUCUACAAUCCGUAGAGUGCGGUAUGUUGGAAAGAGGCAAUGAUUUUAUCGUUUGGGCCGGUCAGGUCUUCAAGGACACCAUCUUCAGUCGUGGUCAAGAACCCCACGUAGCGUCCCAGCUACCCACUCUGCAACAAAAUGCAGGCUUUAUUAUAGAGCAUUACGAGACAAAGGAUAUUUAUUUGGGUAAGCCAAGUGAAGAUACCAUCGACGGGCGUGCUCAACCUUAUUUUUGUUCUCUUCUCUUUCAAAUGUAGGUCGGAGCGACCAUGUUAAUCGAGAGUUUCUAUGGGAUGCGUGCACUAUUUUUAAAACAGCCCAACCAUUUUUGGCUGAACCUUUGGGCAUCGCACCGCAGAACUAUCCGCUCUUUCUAAAGAGACUUUGCCAGGAAUGCCAAAAGCUGCCCGAAGCCAUGUGGUCCUUUAGCGUGUGUAUGGGUCAAAAACCACGUACCUUGUAAAUGCUGCCAUGCCAACUUUAUACCGUGUAUUUUUAAUCUUUUCUGUUCACUUAUCUUCUUCUACUUUCUGCUGAUUUUUCUGCUAUUGUUAUUACUCUUUUAUCAUUUAUCACUUUUUCCUCUGCUGAGCAGAAAACCGCACUUUAACACACUACAUUCCAGAAUCAACUGAUUCUUUCCUUUACGAACAUCCGCGAUACCACAUCCAUGCGAAGCCCCGGAUGAAAAAA